AUGACGCUGCUACGGCGCUGCAUCGGCGGAGACUCUCCCAUUGGCAUAUCAACCCAGGGCGCGCGUGGUUGUGCAGCCCGGGCGCAGGGAGUCGAAGCCGGGGCAAUUCUGCCAUCUGGUGAUCUGAUCGGCUUGAGGCAGGCCCUUGGCCCAUCUGUUCCAGCAGCUGGCCGCCCCUGUUUGAGCGUCUCCACAGCCCAGUGGCCCCAGGCGGUGAGCAGUCGGCCUGUGACAGCAGGGCCUGCUCCACCAACAGCGACGCGGAUGCGCGCCGCGAAAAGAAAAGAAGAAAUUUUCCGCUGUCGCGCCGAGGUGCAGCGGCGAGGCGGAGGAUGUGAGGGCGACGAGAACACCCUAAGCGGCCCGAGUCAUGCUUCCGGGUCUGCUCGUGUCGUGGAGUGUCGUGCUGACGACCUCGCAAAAGCAGCCGUCUUCGCGGCUGGUGAUCAGGGUGCUGGGGAAAACAUGGCCCCACGUUUCAAGAUGCUGCGUGUCGUCGGCAAGGCGACCAGAAAGCCCAACACCUUCCUGUGCCGUGGUAGCACGCGACAGCAGUCCCGAUGCGCCAAUCACCGCUCGCACAUUCCAGCACUUCGUCACUUUUGUGGAGUUUGGGUGCGGUGUGAGGUCGGUUCAGAGCAAACAGAUGGCCUCUCCGCCUCGCCGUCGAUCGCGUCGCCUGUGGUCGACAUUGACGUUGUUUGCUCGACUUGGCCCGCCGACUCUCCAAUCAGACAUGCAACCAUCCAUCAGCGCAUGCAGGUCGUCGGCCGGCUGCAGAUCUCGCCUCCACUCCAGCAUGUACUCCCGCGAUGCUGGCGCUAA